CAGUGACGGAAUUUUGCGCGUCGGCGGCCGGCUUAGAAGAGCUGAGAUGAACUACGAACAGAAACACACCGUCCUUCUACCCAGAAAGCACCAUGUCUCACAGCUAGUCGCCCUCCACCAUCACGUCAAAGUGCACCACCAAGGCCGACUAAUCACAAGCGGCGCCACACGCCAAGCCGGGUUCUGGCUGAUUGGAGGCCACGCCACCGUCACAAAAGCCAUCAAAGACUGCGUGACCUGCAAGAAGCUGAGGGGACGCCCACUAGAGCAACGAAUGGCAGACCUGCCUCCCGACAGGACUGAAGUCUGCAGCCCGUUUACGAACGUCGGCUUCGACGUAUUUGGGCCUUGGUCGGUGAAGUCACGAAAGACAAGAGGAGCCAUAGCUAACGCAAAGCGCUGGGGACUAGUAUUCACGUGCCUCAGCAGUAGAGCGAUCCACAUAGAGGUACUCGAGUCCAUGGAUACUAGCGCCUUUAUCUGCGCGCUUAGGAGGUUUUUCGCGCUGCGCGGCCCUGCUAAACUGCUUAGGUGUGAUUGCGGCACUAAUUUUGUAGGAGCUAAGACCGAACUCGAUAGCGCAAUGAAGGAGCUUAAUAAGGAGGAUGCAGAGAGAUUCGUCAGAGAGCAAGGAUGCGAGUGGAUCUUCAACCCCCCACACGCGUCGCAUUUCGGAGGUGUAUGGGAGAGACAGAUCCGCACAAUACGACGAGUCCUUGACGGCAUGUUUGCAGAGCUAGGGGACCACCAACUGACGCAUGAUUUGCUAGUAACGCUAAUGGCAGAGGUCGCUGCGAUCGUGAACGCCAGGCCAAUAUCAGCUGUACCGAUGGACGCUGACCAGCCGCAGCCCCUCUCACCUGCGAUGCUUCUAAGCAUGAAAGAGCGCCCUACUGGACCCCCUCCAGGCCGUUUCUUGCCCACAGACAUCUACGCACGUCGCCGCUGGAGACGCGUCCAGUACCUGGCGGAGCAGUUCUGGUCGAGAUGGAGAAGGGAGUACCUCCAGAAUCUCCAGCCCCGCCAGAAGUGGAACGGAGCAACGGAGAGUCUGCGCGCAGGCGAUAUCAUACUACUAAGGGACGAGACGGAGCACCGCAACGACUGGCCACUAGGACGAGUAACAGAGGCGGUGAAGAGCGAGGACAGUAGAGUUAGGAAGGCGAAGGUAGAGGUAGUUAGAGACGGAGUCAAGAGGAUCUACUUGCGCCCCAUCAAGGAACUCAUCCUGCUUAUCCGAGCAGAUGACGACAAAGAGAGCCAAGAGUAGGGUAGAAAAGAUUAGAAUAGCAAGGAUUGAAAUCCUUGGGCGAGGAGUGUUAUAAACAUUGAAAAUACAAAAAAGAACGAUGAUUUAAAUUGAACGGAUUAGAUAGUUUAGACAAUUGUUUAGUUGAGUUACCACGGCUUCCUCUAUUUUGAGCACAGCCGCCCCUUUCCUAUGAUUAGACUGAUAAGAUUUAUUGUAGUUUACGCAUUUCCCUUUGAGUAAGAGUUUAGGAAUGAGGCACGUCCUACUUUAGGACACGUCCCACCUGCCUAUAAAUUAUAGUACCUAUUUAGCAAUCUUUAAGAGUUGAGCAGAGAAACCGAAGAGAGAAGAGUUGAGUUGAGAGCCAGAGAAGCAGAGUUAGAGAAGUCAGAGUAAAGUUUGAAGAGUUACAAGCUUACUUGGAGCUGUAUUUCUUUAAGCCCCGGAGACGAGAUCAGACUUAUCACCGCAUGUGUUCGAUAGUUGGACGAGUUGAUUGUAAUAAACGCUGUUAAAUCAA